CGUAAUAAAUUCAAAGUAUCAAAGCACCUCGUUCCUCGUGGGAUCGUCUGCUGAACAUAAUUGGGACGGCCACACUUGUCCCAUUCCUCCAGCCUUGACGAUCUGCGUCAGGGUCCACAUACCCUUGCUUGACAGCGAACUCGGGGAGUCCGAUAGGUGCCGCACGAAAAGCACAGAAAAUGUCAGACACUAUGGACCUGACCGACGAGGUGGAUGACCUUAUGGACGUCGACGAAGGCGACCAAAUGGUAGAAGACGACGAAAUGAUAGAAGACGACGACGAGCAGGAAAACCCGGCGGGACAGGCGGAAGUAGACGAAGACGGCGACCACAUCGUCAAAGAGAUUGACGUCUUCUUCUCCCACACCCUCACCGACACCCUCUACCUCUUCCAAUUCCCAACCCGGCUACACGACUUUGACGAAGACAACAAACCCUCCGUCGGCCGUGUGAAGCCAAAGACGAAGCGGUUUGAGAUUGAUAUCCCGCUGCAGACGGGGAGCGAGUAUUACAACAAGGAGAGGGGCGAGGAGUUGGGGCAGGGGACGGAUAAUGCGCCGAUGCGGGGGGUGUAUGAUUAUGAUGACCAUACGCCGAAGAAAUUGUUGGAGAAGCAGACGCUUAGCUCGUCGUUGUUGCCGUCGCAGGCGAACUAUAUGGUGGGCGUUAUGAAGGAAGAUCAAUUGCACUUGACACCAAUCAACAUGGCAUUACAACUGCGUCCGAGCUUAUACUACAUCGAUAAGAUCACGGAGAAGCAGGCGGCGCGGUAUCAGGAGGACUCGGUGGAGGCGAACAAGCGAGCAAACCCCGAAUACGAAGAAGAGGCGAAGAUUCUUUCGGUUACCAUUAAAGGGCCGGAGGACAAGGAAGGUAUCCGCAGAGCAGCCCAAGCAGAGCUGCAGCGGAAGGCUGAGGAGGAGGCGUGGCAGAAGAUGUUUAUACAUCACGCUGAGUCAGAACUAUCAAAAAAAGUCAUCGCGCAGCUUUACUCGACGAGUGAGGGAGAUGUCGAUGUUACAUCUACUCCAGCCGGGUACCUGAACGAUCUGGACCCGACGUUCAAUGCGCAAAGCUACGACGCGAGUCACAUCAAAGUGAGGAAGGGCCUCACACUGACUCAAAUUGCCAAGUUGACGUUAGCGGAGAAGGUCAAAGCAAUCUUGAUGAAUGCAAACGUCGCCCAAUUCCACACGAUAGCGAAGAUGCUCGGCAAUAUUACUGAAUUGGAUGUGGAGGAAUUGCUUGCAAGCCUCCGCGCCGCGGCUGUUCUUGUGCGUGGGGUCUGGAUCGUCCGAAGUGAGCUCAUGUACACAGAUUACGCGCUCCAUGCCCGGCGCUGGCUGCUGUACAUGUUCCAACAAUCCCAGUACAUAUCCCGACGGGAAUUCUCUGACUACGUGCGGAUCCCCGGCACGAUGGCGACGAGCAUGCUGUCCGAGAUUGCGGUGCUGGAGGCUGGGAAGGGAUGGGUUUUGAAGGUUGCUCCGGACGAGCAAUUUGUUGCCGAUUUCGACGAUGUGUUGGUGGAGCAAGCCAUGACGGUAGAAGCUGAAGCGCAGGAGGCUAGAUUGCUCUGGGAGCCGCGGGUUGUAAAGCCGGCGGCGCUACCCAAGGCGGCGGCAAAAGCGGCGGCGAAGCGACCACCGUCUGCCUCUGCGGCAGCAAAAGCUUCGGCAGCGGCAUCCGCGUCUACGCAGAAACCAGCAGCCAAGGCCCAAGCAGGGCCUCCACCUGCCGCCGCGCCGGCUCCAGCCCCAUCCGCCCCUCCCGCCGCCAACACACCUGCCAGGGGUGGUACUGUGCACCAGCACGUAGUUGCCGCUAUCGCCAAUCUGUACACGGAGAACUACGUCAUAUCUGGCGACUAUAUUGCCAGUGCGGUUUUGGCCCAGGAUGCAGGAACGACAAGGGAGGAUAUCGUCGCUGCCACCGCAUCCUUCUGCGUCCAGAUCCGCGACGACCUGUGGGUUCGCAAGUCCGUGGGUCACGCGCAAAUCGACGAGUUCCGCCCCAUCAUAAUCGACCUCUUCCGCUCAAAAGACGUCAUUGCCAAAAAGGAGAUCAACGAAGUCACGAAAGCUCAAAAGCAGUGCGAGGUGCCCGUCGCACCGUACUCGAAGAUCAUGCAUGAGCUUAGUAAAUCGGUGGGCGGGGGUAGAUGGGUAAGUUGUUGCGUUUGCUUAGAACGCAGGCUUUGAGCAAGCUGACCGAUUGACUUUGGUGGUCACC